GAUGGUACUCCAAUCAGAGAGUUCAAGAACCUGGAAUCCAAUGGUGUUCCAUUUCCAAAGAAGCAGCCUAUGAGGAUUUACUCCAGUCUUUGGAAUGCUGAUGACUGGGCUACGAGGGGUGGUCUUGUGAAGACAGACUGGUCUCAAGCUCCUUUCACCGCAUCCUACAGGAAUUUCAAUGCCAAGGCUUGUGUUUGGACUAACGGAGCAUCAUCAUGCUCCUCAUCAUCUAGUUCUUCGUCUUCCAGCUCCAAAAGCAAUGCAUGGCUUUCCCAAGAGUUAGAUAUAACAGGCCAACAAAGGCUGAAGUGGGUGCAGAAGAACUACAUGAUCUACAAUUACUGCACUGAUACAAAGCGAUUUCCUCAAGGUCUUCCUCUGGAAUGCAAAAUGCCCUAAGAUUGCAUAUGUCUUAAGUACUAGUAUAUGUGAAAGUAGAUAAUUUUGCCUCGCCCGUUGUAAUUAGUAUGGUCUUGUGUUUGUAAUUUCAGCCUACAUCGAUUCUUUUAUUUUUUUUGUUCAAACUUUGUCAUGUAAUAUAUAUAUAUAUAUAUAUAUAUAUUAUAAUAAUAACAUUAUAGUGUAAUAGCGAUGGAUUAUCUGUUUACGAA